AUGUAUGUAAAGUGUGGGCAUCUGCAACAAAGCCGUGUAGUUUUUGAAAGAAUGAGCAAAAGAGAUUUGGUUUCUUGGAAUGCAAUAGUAGCUGAAUAUGCUCAAAAUGACCAUUUGUGUGAGGGUCUGUUUCUCCUCUCUGAGAUGAGAACAACACUUAAAAAACCAGACUCACUAACAUUUGUCUCUCUCCUCCAAGCUUGUGCAUCUAUUGGGGCACUCGAUCAGGGGAAAUGGAUCCACAAUUUUGUUAUUAGAAGCUGCAUAAGACCGUGUAUCCUGGUGGACACAACUCUUGUUGAUAUGUAUUCAAAGUGUGGUGACUUGAAGAAUGCUAAGAAGUGCUUCAAUGAAAUGUCAGAGCAGGACAUGGUCUCAUGGGGCACAAUUAUCUCCGGAUAUGGUUGCCAUGGAGAAGGGAAAAAUGCUUUGAAGAUGUAUUCAGAAUUUUUGCGGACUGGGAUUCAACUAGCACCCCCAACAACUUCUUCUCCACCCCUGUGCCUCGUCAGUGGACCAUUGAAGCCGAACCAAAACCCAGUCACUAGCUUCCUCCCCAACCCAACUACUAGCAUCUGCGUCUCCAACCUCUCAACAUCCCAAGAUUCCUCCCCAGCCCAGCCGCAAGCCUUCACCUGA